CGAGAAGGAUGACAAGAUAUAAAAAGAUGUACCUCAGAACAUGAUUUUAGUCUCAUAACCGUCAUCUGACAAAAUGGACGCCGUUAACAACUUUUUGAAGAACGACAAAUCAGGCAUCGGUAAUGCCAUCAACAAUGCAGGUGGAGGUGGUGCGGAAGGUGAAAAGAAAGAAGAUUACCUUGACAAAGGUAUUGAUAUGUUCCAAGAACGUGUAAUGAAUCAAGGUCCACAAGAUAACGAAACCGCAACCGAACAAGCAAAAGAUAACUUGAUUGCAGAUCAAAUUCGCUCUCAAUGGAAAGAUCGUACCGGCUCCGAUUUCCCAAUCGAAGACAAGAAAUGAUCAUCAAAUCAUGAGCAACAUGAAGUAAUACGAGAAUUGUAGGA